UGGCAAGGCCCGCUUCUGACAAAUCUGCGGACGGAGACCUCACCCCACCCUCCAUUCCUCACCUCUUCUUACAACCCUCCUUUUUAACCUCGACCGCAAUGUACCAGAAUGUGUAACUGACAUAAGAGGUUCACCGCAAUAAUUUGAUAGCAAAAGUUUCAAUAUGGCCCGCCAGUUUCAAUUCGUCAGUGCCUCGCAGCCGACGGAACACGUUUCCCCUGAGUCUCGAAAGUUAAACCAUUCACAUGUCAUGCGUCAUGUACAUGCCAAGAAACGACGCUUGCGAACCCAAAGAUAUCAAGAUGAAUUAAUCAAUGUCGGGAUGGAGCAGGAUCUGACGACCUCCGAUACGGUUCUCUCAAGCCCUCUCAUCCAGAGAUUCGCCAACAGCAAGGAUCCAUUUUCCUCCUUGGCAAGACCGCUUUCAUCUGAGGAAUACUUCCUACUGGAUCACUACAUUCAGGUUGUUGUGCCAUACUCUAUUGGACACUGCGAUUUGUUCGACUACAACGGAGACCACCGGAAACAAAUGCUCCAAGAAUGGGUCGGUCUCGCCAUUACUGACGACACCUUCAUGACCGUUGCGAUUCUCCUCAGUACAUGUCGCUAUAUUCUAUUGGAACGACCCGGCGACCCAUUCUUCACGCAAAUGGCUCUGCGGUAUAAGCAGAUAUGCCUCCGUUCGUUGCGCUUGGAAAUUGAGAGCAAACCGUCUUACGUCAACAUAAUGAGUGUUGCCAAGGCAUUAGCACUUGCGGUAGAUGAGGUGAUUUCUGGUGAACACGGCAUUGCCCGGAAGCAUUUGCAUGGUGUGCUUGCUAUGGUUCAGUUUAGCGGUGGCCCAAAAUCGCUUGGUCUAACAGGUUUACUAGAGAGGAUGUGCCACAAAUUCUUGAAGGCGCUAAGACUCACAGACGCAAGGCAUAAGCAGCCAGGCGCGGGAUGUUAGCUGUUGUGUUAUAAUCUCCGUUCUUCCACCCACGGAAUCCGAAGUAAUUGGGAUUGCCUCUUGGGCUUAGGGUUAAUCCCCUGUCAAUCGCGGCGGUUUGUCACGAAUUCUGACGCCAAGAAGUAUAACUUCCUUAUCGGGCGAUAGUCCUAGCUAGCUGGGGUUCUCCUUACGUCGAUAUUUAUCUCUGGUGAUGCAAACCCAACUUCGUAAUUUGCUCAACAGGGUCCUUUUCAUUCUUCUCGUCCAUCAUCUUGAUGUGAACUCACUUGGACCGAUUUAUAAGUAGUGCAGGUCAUUAGUGGACCACAGGCAGUCAUGGAACGAUCAAAUAAACUUAUAAGAAGAGG